GUUUUCGGGGGAGGAGGAGGGGAAUGGUUCGUUCACCCGUAAUGCGCAGCAUGCGAAUCGAUGAAAGUCACAGAUGCACGAGGAUUUUGAUGACCUCGUUCUCCCGAACAAUCCCGAUGCACUAGAAAGAUGCGAGUUAAAAUAUGCUAGGUCUUCCAGUUUCUAAAAUUCCGAACGAGAAACACGUUUAAUUCGAUCCGAUCCGUUCUGUUUAACAAUUUGAUCACAAUCGAAAAAUAAAUCGAUGAUGUUUUCUUUUUUUUUUUUUUUUUCAAAAUUUUCUUCCAUCUUCGAUUUCGAAAUUACAAAUUGCGAUGAUAGUGAGAGAAACUACACUGGGAAUUCCUUUGUUUCAAUACGGUAUUUAUUACGAGAAAGCAUAGAACUAUAUAUACAUAUAUAUCUCUCUCUCUCUCGAAAUCAAUCUUCUCCUAAUUCCACAAUGAGAAUCACUGAUCCGCAACAGGUGGAUAACCGCGGGUUGCGUAACAAAUACACAUAUAGAUACGUAUAAGAAAGAUUUCAAAGAAAACGGCCGUAUAUAUAAAAUUCGGAUGAGUCAAAUGCGUGUCGUAACGCAUUUUACCAUUUUGCUUUUCCGAUUCUAUCGAUAACGCUCGAUGGACAAAGAGGGAGAAAAUUUUGAAAGCUCAUUUUGUAAUUCUUUAUUGUGAAACGAGAAGACAGCGCGACAAUUAGACCGCGAAUUUAUCGUACGGUAACUAUAGUUACUCUUAUCUCGCCUUCCUCCUUCGUAACGUAGAAUCGAUUAUCGACGCAAUAAAUUAUGUAUAACGAAAUCCUGUAACGAAUACAUUGGAGGUGACGUGGAUUUGAUGAAAUUCAUUAACCGGAUUAAUUCGUUAAUUUUCACGAUCGAGCGAAGAAUGAAUCGGGCAGAAAUAAAAUCGAAACGAGCAAGUUUAGAGUUGGAGGAAGCACGUGGCCGUCGCGGCGAGACGGGCGAGCAGUGAAAGUGAAAUACGGCUCGAGGUCCACCACGUGGUCCUGACGUUCCACCCACCGUUACGGCUGUACAACUUACAAGUAUUAGCUUUGAUCCUCGAACAGCACGGUUCUGCUCCAGAUUGUCGAUCGUUCGUGAAACGAGGCUUCGUGAUCCGUCGAAAAACCGAGAUUCGACGCUUACGCGAAAAGUCAAAGUGUCUCUCAAGCGUCGUACACUUUUGUUUCGAUAGUUUUGCCCCUUCCUCAUCCCUGGAAGAUACGUACGGAAGAAAGAUGGAAGAAAGGAACGUGGAAGAACUUUGCGAGAAAUCGACAAUCGGGCAUCCUCGUCGAGCAAGAAUGCAAGAAUCGGUUCACCGGUUCUAGUCACAUAAUCGGCGAUAACUCGUGCAACUCUUAUAGAAAGUCUCGAACGGUACGGUUACCAGUUCGAUCGCGGCAAAAGGAGAAGAAAAAGUUCGUGGAAUAUUUAGAAAUUUCGAUCGUUUAUAUAUAAAUAUAUCAUUUUCCUGGUGCCAUUAAAGUAAAAGUUAUUCCGGUGAAAUGAAAUUAUCCGUUUAAAGAUCGUUCGCAAUUCACCUACGCGAUUCAACGACAGAAAUGGUAUAUUCGACGUUUUGCAAGCGAGGUAAUUAGGAUGUGAUGAUACACUGAUCGCCGAUUUCACUUAAUUUCACAAUUGAGUUUCAAAAUUCUCUCUAAUCAUAAUCACGUAUUAUAAAUAGGAACGGGAUUAUAAAUAGAAUUUAAUAAAUAAACGCGCAGACUAGAGUAAUUAUCAAUCAUUCGCGGUGAAAAACUAGACCUCGUCCCCCGAUCUUCGAAAAAUCCGCGCAACGUUCGGAUCCGGGCAAGUAUCUAUCCAGCAACGUCUUCGAAACAGACUGCAAGAUAAUUGUGACGAACACCAACGGCCAUUGCGACAGAUCCGAAAUUCGGCCGAUCGUCCAUUUCGAAACCGAUGGGACAUCGCUGCUAGCCAAUUCCCUACACGCACGAGGUCGUAACACGUGAACGUGAAAAUGGAGCACGAGGGGAAAUAUCUAACCACGGAUCCGUUCAAAAUUUCGAGUGGUCGGUGCACAGUCACGCCCGAUCUUUCUCCAAGUUUCCACCUGCUCGACCAGUCUCCAUCGAUCCGAGUAAAAGAGCCGACUCUUUCCGAUCUGAUUUAUCUAUUAUCUUAUCGCGUCGAGCGUGUUGAAAAGUGAAAGUGCAAUCGGCGUUACACGAAUUUCCCGCCAAUACUCGAGAAAAGCAAAGCUCCUCGGUUGCUGUCACUCGAACAACCGGACAAAUGCACGCGUGAGCGGAAAAGGCGCGAGCUUAUAAAUGCUUCUUGUGACAGGACUUUCCAAGUUUCCUUGGACGUAAGCAGGCUCAAGCGGGUUGGCCAAUCGACAGGUACCAUUUAAACCGAAUCUUUCGAUACGAUACGAAUACGAAUCGCCUCGUUAGUCGCAUUUUUCUCGCAUUUUCCUGGCGAACAAUCGCUUACGUGAUGGGAAUCACGCGGAUAAGUUCGAGAGUUUCGCGUGUCGAAUAGUCAUUUGACGAUUUCCUCCGACUGCUUUUCACGAAUUCUGUUCGGUGGCUCGCGUCGAACUGCAUGUCGAAUCUAUCCCGAAACUUUACUGGAAAGAUUUGCUGCGAACGUUUUGUCUCGAAAAUGAUGCGGGCAUCGUCGAUCGAGUUAUUGGUCGUCGGCCUGUCGCUACUGCGCUUCGUCGAUCCUCUUCACGACAGUAACGUUCAGAGGUCUUAUUCGAUGAGCUAUGACCCGUCUGUUCCUUCUGUACCGCAUCCGGAUAUGCGUAAUGUUCGAAAGGUUCGCGAUUCCUCGAGCAUCGACAAGCAUUUGCCACGCGCGAGCGAAGAGAAAGAGAAGCCUGUUGACGGUUUGGAUUCGUUGAGUUAUCCUGAAAGACUAUCGAAAGAAACGAUAUUUCUGCCAAUACCCGCUACACCGAUGGAAUAUCGUAGUUUUCGAAAUUAUGGAUCGAACGAUCGUUCGAGAAAGGAAGAUGAGAUAAAUUCCAAAGAGGAAGAUGAAGGGAGUAGCUCGCUCGAGGGAGAAAUUAUAGAAAAAAUGAAAAUUCUGGAUAAAUUUUUAUCCGAAGAUUCGAAUGCAAAGGAUCUUGAUAUAAAUGGAAUCAAGGAUAAUAUUAUCCCUGAAGAGUCGAAGAGAGUCGUCAGAGAGGUGAAGAAGCAAAAGCCAGGAUUCUUUUGGACUCUGGCAAAACUCACGUUUGAGAUGAUCAACGACACGAAAUCAGCGAUCAAGCAGAUCAGUGACAUUAUCAACAACAGUAUAGCGCCAGAUUCGGCCACUCAGAGUACGAUGACGAAGGCGUCUUUGAUGGCUCCACAAUCGACGAACAAUGAAACGAACGCGACCAAUUUGAAUGCAACAGAAACGACGACAGAGGCCUCUACGACCACCACGCAAUCUACCUUGACCAGAGAGGGCUUGCAGAAAUUAAUCAGGCGAAAUGUGCUGGGCCUCGUUAGACUUUUCAACAUUGAGUGGAAUGACGCUCUGAACCAAUCAGAAACGAACGUGAAAGAGUUCCAGAAGAAUCUAGGAAACCAAGUAGGCCUUUACCUUCGUGAUAAUCCAGAGGCGUACAAGGACUUUUAGAGAACUCUUCUUUUUUCACAACGAUUCUUAGCAUUCAUUCUCGUAGCACGUAGUUAGCAAAGACUGAAACGUAUUAUUUUAAAAAAAUUAUUAUUAUUUAUAAAAUUACGGUCCUCCAGUCCAUAAAAA